CCAAAGAUUAAUGCACAUUUGAGAGUUCAGUUGUGCAAAAACCUACUGGUCAACAGUGAUGUGGAAAAUAAAGUGAUCGUCAGAUGAGUCAUCCCUCACAUUCUUUACAAGUGGGCAAGUGCAUGUGUGGUGUACACCAAGAGAACAGUAAAGGCCUGAAUACUUUACCCCUGCAUAGGUGUUUCACACUGCUCUUAGUCAACGGCUAAGGAAGCAGUUAGCCUGGGACCGAGAAGGCAUUCACACUGGCACAUCCUCAUGCAUCCCAAGUGGGCUAGCCCCAACUUUAGCCUAGGGCUUGCUAAGUAUGCUCCAGAGCAGGGUUAGCCCCAAAUCUGCAGGGUUAUCCCCUGAAAAUGGAUUUAAUCCAGGUCUAAAAAUUGCCAGCGUAAAAGAAGGCUGAGUAAAUAAUUUAAUUUUAGAAUUUUAACACAAGUUACGUGUUUCAGCUGACAUUUAACCUAGGGCUUGCGGAUAUGCCAUGUAAGUCAUAUAGACCUGGGCUUAGGUUAACCAUGGGUUAAUAAUGUGUGUGUGAAAAGGGGCUAAGUUAGUCCACAGUCAACUCAAGGAUGACCAUGGAUGACCUUAGCCCUUUAUCCUUUUAUGAAACAUUUCUAUCCCAAAGCAAAUGGUUCUUCCAGGAUGACAAUGCCACCCAUACCAUCCAUAGGGAAUGAGGGGCCACUGAAUGGUUUGUGAUAAACCACCUGGGACGAACAAUGUCUGUCCCGGAUCGCAGUUCCCGGCAGGGUGUUGGACCCAGUCUUGUGAAUAUUGAUGCUGUGCAGAACCACUCCAAGCUCUUCAGAGCAGACUGCAUGAGGCUAAUGCAGCAAGCUGACAAAGCAUGCAAACUAAUGCAAGGUGAUGACAACAGACGACUAGAUCAAAGAGUCAGUGACAUCCAGUAUCUGAAGAAGGAGUUGGAACUGCAGUUGGAGGAGAUUAUUGUGGAGACUGAUGUCCUUAUAGCACUGCAGAGCAGAGUGGUAAAAGCACUGGAGGCCUGCAAAGAGCCUCUUACAGUCACCACUCUCUGUCUGGAGGAGAGAAUGAAACGUUUCCCCUCUGAUAGGCUACGUGAUGAUGUGGAAAGAGAGCUGCUAAAGGAGAAGGAGGUUAUUGAGGGAGCGGCUUCUCUUCUGCAGAGUGUAUUAGAGCAGAUCACUGAGCAGAUACGAUUGAACCGAUCUGCCAAGUACCAUCUAGAGAAGGAUCUGAAGGAGAAAUCCAAGGCUCAGUGCAUUGAUAAUUCCUGUGCCUUAAGGACUACCAAUACCAUCAACAACCUGCAGAUCACCAAUACUGAACUGCCGAGCUUGACAGUGACUCCAAAGCAGUGGGAGAAAAUCUCAGACCUCAACAUUGCCAAAGCAGUGCAGCAGAAAACCAACUCUGUGUCCCUGCGGGCCCAGGUGGAGUCUGUUCUGGAGCAGACAGCCACUGACAUGCAGAAGCAGGUCCGGGACACAGCAGCAGCCCUCCAGCUGAAUAUCCAGAAGAUCAAGUCUGCCAAGAGCCAGAUGGAAGAUAAACUUACCAAGAUUCUGUCUGAGUUUGCAAGCCAGCAGAGGAUUCCUGAGGAUCUGCAAGUGGCCAUCACAAACAGUGAACAAGCUUUAAGUUUGGCCCAGGCCCGCCUGGCUUUGCGCCGGCAGAGGCCUGGCAAAGAGCAAUGCCAUGAUCCAGCACAGUCCCAGCUCCUCGCCGAGGUCCAGCAGCUCACCACUCAUAUCAACAAACUGCGUGAGGCGGCGUCUCAGUCAGAAGAGGAGCAGAGGGCUCUAGUUCGCUGCCAGCUGGAGCUGCAGGAGAGCAUUGAGAUCAAGGCCAAUUCUCUCUACAUUGAUGAGGUCAUCUGUACCCAGCACAGGGAGCCCAUUAUCAUACAUAACUUCUGAGUAGUCAGACAUUCUACCUACAUACACAUAUUAUUUAUUCAUAUAAACUCAAAACAAAAAUUUGAAUACAACACAUUUGUUUUUGCUCCUGUUUUUCACAUUUAAAUAAAACACCUAAAAAAAAGUUUCUGCACACAAUAGAAUCAUUUCUCUCAAAUUUUGGUCGCGUAUUUGUUAAAAUCAGUAUGAAGGAGCACAUCAAUCAAUCAUUAAUAAUUAUCCAUAAUUAUUCAAAUCAUUGCUAAAUAAUUUUCUCCCUAUCAAAUAAUUGAUUAGUUUCUUUUUUCAGC